CGGGAAGGGAGCACGGUAGGCUGCGGGAAUGUGUGGGACACACCUGUCGGGGACUUGUGUGGGGCUGGCAUCUGCAGGAGUGUUUGACAAAGACAGCGGCGGACGACCACGAUGGUGCAGACUCAGACACAGGCGUUCGAGGACGCAGGGGAGGAUGAGAACCGCAAGGCACAGAAGAAGUGCUGCGUGUACAAGUAUAUCUGCGUGGAAAAGAAUCUUGGCGAGAGGUUCCACGGGAAUCGCAUGUUGAAGUGUUUUUUUUGCGGCCACGAAUUUCAGGGAAACCAAUUCGUGGCGGGGCGCCAUUUCUGGCAGGGUAAGGGAUGUCCGAAGUUGACUGACGAGGCACUUGUCGACAUACACUACAACACCGACUACAAGCUGGACGGGAAGAUCCUUGAGCGGAUGCGUCGGUUUGAGGAACUUCACAGUCCAGCACCUGCGAUGGAUCCGCGCCGGGAUGAGGGAGGGUUGGGACAGGAGAGGGAUGACGAGGACGUGAUCGACGUGGACAACGUCGUGGAGGAGACAGUUGUCCGCACGGCGGACGAUGUGGCGGCUGAUCUCGCGGAGGUCAGGGCUCCUUUCCAUGUCACGGGGGCCACCAUCCUGUCGGAGGGCAGGAAGUCACGUGAUGCUAAACCCAUCGUUAACUUCCUUGUCGGCGGGUCGCGUGGGGUGAUGCUGGUCCAGACAAUGAACAGGGAGGGUGAGCGGGACCGGGCGGAGGAUGUGCUGGCAUGGUGGAUCAAGGUGUUUGAUGACUUCCCCCCCAAGUGGUUGAACGCCAUCUGCAUCGACUCUGCCUCGGCGUACGUCGCCGCAGCGAACAUGUUGGACCGUGGAGGGCUGCACAUGUCGCGAGUUGUUCAGUGGACGCAGGAUGUGACCCGAGAGGUGGCGCAGGAGGUUUGCGUACUUCUGCCGGAUUCUGCACACUUCAUUGUGCAGAAGGUGCAGGCUCGGUGCGCUCACAUGUUGGAGCCGGCACACCCCGCUGCUCACCUUCUCUGUCCCAGCCGGUGGGACUUGAGGUACUACGAGGGCGUAGUCAGCGACUACGACGCGAGUUUGGUGAGGGAGGCCAAGGUUUACAUCUCGUCACAGACAGGGUUCGAUGUGGUGAGCCCCGAGUACGAGACCGCAUGUGCGCAGAUGCGCGACUUUCACACACGCAGGGGGAGCAUUGCGUGGGGGGGGAGGGACGGAGACAGAAAGGCACAGAGGUGCACCGACAAUGUAGAGACAUAUGAGGCUGGGUGUUGGUGGUCGAAGUGGGGACAGUGCGCCCCGCAGUUGCAGGCUAUCGCUCUUCGUGUCAUGUACAUGUGGACGUGCUCCUCUCGUGCGGAGAGGAAUUGGGCCGUCCACGAGGGUGUACAGACGAAGAAGCGUAACCGGCUUGAGUUUGAGAAGGUUGCGAAGUUGGUUGAGAUCUCAACCAACGUCCGCCUUCUCUCUCAUCAGCGGGCAGGCCGCGGGUUUGCGCUGCCGUGGACUCUAGAUGAGCCCUUGUUGGAUGUGGAGGCAGGGAUUGGGACUCGCCCCUCGUGGAAGGGGAUGGACGACAGGAGGACGCAGGAGGAGCUGGAGUGUCAGAGACGUUCGUGGCAGCGGGACCCGUGUGGGUCGAGAGCUCCUCUGGGUGAGGUUGCAGAUGUUUUCGGGACUCGAGCUGCCACAUUGCGCCCGUACCCUAGAGAUGACGACAACGAUUACGAGGGUCGGGAGCAGGAGGACGAGCGGGCGGGCCCCACUACUGCGACUACUGCCACACAGGAGGUUGAUGAGUGGAGCGACCCGGAGGACGUCCGUAGACGAAGUGGUGGGGAUGACUUUUUCGUUGGAGUUGAUUUGGAGGGAGAGGUGGGUUUAGGAGGUCGUUAUGGGAGCCCUGUUGAGCGACAGAGGCCUACGUCACCUGUCCUACGGUCUGCCAAGCGAGAGGGAGUGCAUGCGUCUGCACCUUCGAGGGGGGCAGAGUCGGGUUGUGGUGGCCCUGUCUUUGGCCAGCGACUUCAUAGAUUGGUGAAGGGCCCUAGACAACAAUUAGAGGAAAGAUUAGCGGGCGGUUCUUCACCGGUGCUGCGGGACGAGAGAGAUAGAGAGGGGGCGAUUGGUGGACAUGGUGGUGCGUAGGCAGCAGACGGAGGUGGUGCCGAGGUUGCUGCGGCAGUUGGCGGGGACGCGCUUGGGGAUUUUGGCGA